GCAGCUGGAAAGGCUGCACUAAACACGAAGAAAAGCAGGCUGGUAAACUUCAGACCAGCAGACCAGACACUUUCCUUUGAAUACCGUUCAGUACCUGAAGAAGAAACGUGUGGAGCACCGAAUAGAAAUUCAGCACCUAGGAGAGCUCCAAGUGUCCUUGCAGAAAAAUCACCAUUACCGUAUUUUUUGAGGAACCCUAAAGCCCGUCUUCUGGCUUUGUCCAAAGAGAUGGAACACAGAAGUAGCUUGCAUCUUCUCUUCUUUGCACUCCUCUAUGUUUUCUGCUCUCAAACCAUUGCUUUGCCUCCUUUAGGAUCAUACUCAGCUAUGAGACAAGGAAACAGAAUGCCAUUUGAUGGUGCAAGUGAAUCGGAUCAUGCCCAAAGUUCAUUAAAACCUGAGGCUGACGUUCUUCAAACUACCAUUCCUGAAAAUGAGAAGUUCUAUUUUGAUAUGUCCAGAGCUAUGGACAGAAACACAAGACAUGCUGAUGGACUCUUUACAAGUGGCUACAGCAAACUUCUGGGUCAACUUUCUGCAAGAAAGUAUUUGGAAUCCCUAAUUGGAAAAAGAAUUGGAAACAACAACCCCCUUGAUGAGCAGGUGCCAGUCAAACGUCACUCGGAUGCUGUCUUCACUGACAACUACAGCCGCUUACGAAAACAGAUGGCGGUGAAGAAGUACCUGGACUCUGUUUUAACUGGGAAAAGAAGUCAAGAAGACCUCAACCCAUCCAACCUUCGGGAUGAAGUAGAAUUGCUUGAACCAGCCUUCUCAGAAAACUAUGAUGAUGUCACUGUAGAUGACCUGGGGCUUCUGAACCGCCUCCCACUGAACCUCUGAAGACAACUCAUUAAAAAAAGAUCCUGCAAAAAAAAAAAAAAAAAAUCCUAAAAAAAGAUCAAGCUAUUUUUUGAGUUUCUCAUAGUAUUUCAAAAA